GAGGGAGGAGGAGGAAGUGAAAACAGCAGCGCUGUCUGAGAGCGAAAGCCAGAAACAGAUAGAUAGAGAGAUAGAGAGAUAGAGUGCGCAUUACUACAGCUCCGAACUCCGAACAGCAGCGCUCUGGUGGAGCCUCGCCGCUUCAGGUUUGAAUGAGAGCCAGGGAGCAGUGAGGCUACAUUCCCUAGUGCUGCAACCAUGCCACCACCAGCAGACAUCCUGAAGGUGGCCAUUGAGUGGCCUGGGGCCUUCCCCAAACUAAUGGAAAUAGACCAGAAAAAGCCACUCUCCGCCAUCAUUAAAGAAGUCUGCGAUGGGUGGCAGCUGCCAAACCAUGAAACUUAUGCUCUGCAGAAUGCUGACUCCACUAACUUCUACAUCACAGAAAAGAACCGCAACAACAUCAAAAAUGGCUCUAUUCUGCGGCUGACCACCUCUCCUGCCCAGAUGGCUAUGCAGCUGUAUGAACGCGUCCAGUCCACCAGUUUGGACAUGAAGCUGGAUGCUCUGAAGGAACUAGCCAACUCUUCCAGAGACAUCACCUUUGCCCAAGAGUUCAUUAACCUGGACGGCAUCACCCUGCUCGUCCAGAUGGUGGAGAGUGGCACAGAACGUUAUCAGAAACUACAGAAGAUGAUGAAGCCCUGCUUUGGGGAAAUGCUCUCCUUCACACUGACGGCCUUUGUGGAGCUCAUGGACCAUGGCAUCAUCUCAUGGGACACGUUCUCUGUGGCCUUCAUCAAGAAGAUUGCCAGUUUUGUGUGCAAGUCCUCCAUGGACUCCGCAGUACUCCAAAGGUCAUUGGCCAUCCUGGAGUCAAUGGUGCUCAACAGUCAGGACCUCUACCAGAAGGUGGCGCAAGAGAUUACCAUCGGCCAGCUCUUGCCCCAUCUACAAGGAACGGAUCAGGACAUUCAGACUUACACCAUCGCUGUGAUUAAUGCUCUCUUCCUGAAAGCCCCCGAGGAGAAGCGACAGUUUGAUGAGAGCAAUGUGAACAUCCUUGAUUGUCCCCUCACAGAGAUGGCUCAUAUUCUUGCACAGAAGCAGCUGCGCUCCAUUAUUCUCCAAAAUGUCAUCAGGAGCACCAAGCCCAUUAACGACGAGAUGGCUCACCAGCUCUACAUGCUGCAGGUGCUGACCUUUAACCUGUUGGAGGACCGCAUGAUGACGAAGAUGGACCCUCAGGACCAGGCUCAGAGAGAUAUCAUCUUUGAGCUGCGCAGGAUUGCCUUUGAUGUCGAGUGCGAAUCCAACAACAGCGGCAGUAUUGAAAAGCGCAAGUCCAUGUACACCAGAGACUACAAGAAGCUUGGUUUCAUCAAUCAUGUGAACCCAGCAGUUGACUUCACUCAGAUUCCUCCAGGGAUGCUGGCUUUGGAUAAUAUGCUCUAUUUUGCCAGACACCAUCAGGAUUCGUAUAUCAGGAUCGUUCUGGAGAACAGCAGUCGAGAAGACAAGCAUGAGUGUCCAUUUGGCCGCAGCAGUAUUGAGCUCACCAAAAUGCUAUGCGAGAUCCUUAAAGUAGGAGAACUACCCAGCGAGAACUGCCACGACUUCCACCCCAUGUUCUUCACUCAUGACCGAUCGUUUGGGGAGUUCUUCUGCAUCUGUAUCCAGCUGCUCAACAAAACCUGGAAGGAGAUGAGAGCCACAUCUGAAGACUUCAAUAAGGUGAUGCAGGUGGUGAGGGAACAGAUCACGCGAGCUCUGACAGUCAAGCCUAACUCUCUGGACCAGUUUAAGAGCCGCCUGCAGAACCUGAGCUACACGGAGAUCCUCAAAAUCCGGCAGUCUGAGAGAAUGAACCAGGAGGACUUCCAGUCUCGGCCCAUUCUGGAGCUGAGGGAGAAGAUCCAGCCGGAGAUCAUGGAGCUGAUCAAACAGCAGCGUCUGAACCGUCUAUGUGAGGGCACCUGCUUUAGGAAGAUCAGCAGCCGCAGGAGACAGGACAAGUUCUGGUACUGUCGUUUGUCGCCCAAUCAUAAAGUGCUGCACUAUGGAGACUUGGAGGAGAGCCCUCAGGGAGAGGUGCCUCACGACUCUCUGCAGGACAAAUUGCCCGUGGCUGACAUCAAAGCCGUCGUCACCGGCAAGGACUGUCCGCACAUGAAAGAGAAAGGAGCCCUGAAGCAGAACAAGGAAGUGCUGGAGUUGGCCUUCUCUAUCCUCUAUGAGUCUGACGAGUAUUUAAACUUCAUCGCUCCUGACAAACAUGAGUACUGUAUGUGGACAGAUGGGCUGAAUGCUCUAUUGGGGAAGGAGAUGACCAGCGAAUUCACCCGCUCGGACUUGGACACUCUUCUGAACAUGGAGAUGAAACUCCGCCUCUUGGAUCUGGAGAACAUCCAGAUCCCUGAGGCUCCGCCCCCUAUCCCCAAAGAACCCAGUAAUUAUGACUUUGUCUAUGACUGCAACUAACCCCUCCACUGGACCAAGUGAUUUAUUUUUUUUCUUAAAUGAAAACUGGAAGAAAAAGAAAAAACUUUUAGAAAACUGUCAAAGAAAAAGUACAAAAAAGGAUUUUUUUUUCUUUCCUUUCGCUAUACUUGCUAAACUUUUUUUUUUUUUUAAAUGCGUCUGCUCACAGUGAGUUCACUGGACUUCAGCUGUUGUUGCCACUGACCCAUCCCGUCUGGUUGGGGAGAGACCCAGGUCCUCAGGUCCAAAAACCUCCACUGCACAAAAAACCUCCUGCUGUCAACACACUCCCACUUCACACGUCAUGCACCUGCACCUCAUGUACAAGCGCUCACUCUGUGUUAAUGCUCGGUCCAUCCCAAAGCUUUCAGUUGUUAUUCCCAUCCUUCCAGGCGGUUUGAGGUGAGAGCCUUUCCUGCUGAGCGUGUGCUGAGCCUGGGGACUUUGGCUUUUAGCACUUAGCGCAGCAUUACGACUCUGAGUCACACAGGCGGCAGCUAACAGCACAGAAAAAAAAACAGCAGGCCAGUGUAGUCCAAGUACAUCUCCACCACUGUCUCCAAGUGUCUAGUUCAUGCUACACAAACUGUAGACUGUUAACAGAAUGGGGCAGCAUCAGCCUCCUGUGUCUUAUAUUAGCCCUGCUUUGAAUGGGACUGACAUACCUGGUCAGUGCAACUAUAACACAAGCUUGCAAAUACAGCCCUCUCUUCACCUUGAUACCCACCAAACUUGUGGUAGACUGCUGUAACAUUCCAAAGCAAUAUUGAGCUUCUGUUUUUGUAAGAUGGUGUAAACAUUAGUGAUAUUUGUGCUGCCAAGUAGUCAGUAUUAGAUGAUUUUUGUGCGUCAGUUAAGGGAUCUUGUUUUUUUUUUUUGUUUGUUUGUUUGUUUUGUUUGUUUUUUCAGGAUCAUCAGAAACAUUUGAUCAUUUAUUAUUAUUUAAGUUAAAUGAUAUAUCCUGUCAUUGUUAUAUCUACUAUGGUUUAUUUUUUAUCCCAUCAGAUGUUAUAAGAGCCCAUGCUGUUUACAUUAAAGAUCAAUUCCAAUUCAA